AUGAUACCUCUCUUGAGAAUCAUUGUAGAAAAUCAAGACAGAGGCUCUGACAUUGAAACGUUGCGUUUGGCAACUUGGACACUUUCGAAUUUGUGUCGACAUGAACCAUUGCCUGAAUUGGAGCAAGUUUCACCAUGCAUUCCUGUGGUAGCUCCAUUAUUGUACGAUGGAGAUGUGGAAGUAUUGACAGAUGCUUGUUGGACCAUGUGUUAUUUGUCAGAUGGAUCAGAGAAUGAGGAACGUAUUGAGGCGGUGCUUCAGUCUCAUGUGGCACCACGAUUGGAGGAAUUAUUGUUACACUCUUCCACAAGUGUGAUAGCACCUGCUUUGCGAGUCAUUGGGAAUAUAGCGACAGGAAAUAUUCUGCAAACUCGAACUCUUGUCAAGCUUGGUGUGUUGCCUAUUCUUGGUUCUCUUGCAAUACAUCCAAAGAAAUCAAUUUCGUUGGAGGCUUGUUGGACGAUUUCGAACAUUACAGCAGGAAAUGCAGAAGAUAUACAAGCAGUGAUUGAUGCCCAUAUUAUUCCUUCCUUAAUGAAACAUAUUGAAACACCAAUUGCUCCAAAUUGUGAAAAGUCAAACCAUGAAGCCAUUUGGGCUCUUUUGAAUGCAAUUACUGGUGGAACCACUGAACAGAUUAUUUAUAUCGUGGAGAAAGAAAGCGUUUGUGUUGAGGUGUUUUGUGACGUGUUAUUGAACACCAAUGACAUCAACGACGACAAAAUGCGAAGUGAAGCACUGCAAGCACUUUCAAACAUUGUUCGAGCAUGCCGUGAAAAAGGAGCCAGUAGUUGUUAUGAAGAAAUCAUUGAACAGAAAGGAUUAUGGCACCAUGUCAUGUAUAACAAUUUCAGAGGAACAUUAGGCUACGAAAAGACGUUUAUGGAUAAUUUAAGAAAACCCAGGUCAGGUAGCUUGUUUGACGCUGACAUUUCUCUCAAGGAUGAAAUGGAAGAUGAUUAA